CCUUGUCUCUCCCUCCCUCCUCCCAGGAGAGGAGCGCGCGCCUCCGCAGAUGGUACGAGCUGAUGAUGGAGAACAAGGAGGAGCUGGCGCGGAUCAUCACGGCCGAGAACGGGAAGCCUCUGAAAGAAGCACAGGGUGAAAUCGUGUAUUCAGCCUCGUUUCUGGAGUGGUUUGCGGAGGAGGCUCGACGGAUUUAUGGUGAUGUUAUUCCAGCAUCUGCAAAGGACAGAAGAGUCUUGGUGCUGAAGCAGCCAGUAGGAGUGGCAGCCAUUAUAACCCCAUGGAAUUUUCCCAGCGCUAUGAUUACCCGGAAGGUUGGUGCAGCUCUGGCAGCUGGCUGUACAGUGGUGGUGAAACCUGCAGAGGACACACCUUUAUCAGCAUUAGCUCUUGGGGAGCUUGCAAACCAGGCUGGAAUCCCAGCAGGAGUGUAUAAUGUUGUCCCUUGUUCCAGACAACAGACAGCAGCUGUAGGGGAAGUUCUGUGCACUGAUCCAUUGGUAUCCAAAAUAUCUUUUACUGGCUCUACAGCAACAGGAAAGAUCUUGCUGAAACACGCAGCUGGCACUGUGAAGAGAGUUUCCAUGGAGCUUGGAGGACAUGCUCCUUUUAUUGUGUUUGACAGCGCCAAUGUGGAUCGGGCUGUUGCAGGAGCCCUUGCUUCUAAGUUUAGAAACUCAGGACAGACUUGCGUUUGCACAAACCGUUUCCUGGUGCAAAAGGGAAUUCAUGAUGAAUUCGUGGAAAAGUUUGCUAAAGCUAUAGAGAAAGAAUUGCAUGUUGGAAAUGGAUUUGAUGCAAAAACUACCCAAGGACCACUAAUAAAUGAAAAAGCAGUGGAGAAGGUAGAGAAACACAUUAAGGAUGCAGUUUCACAAGGAGCAUCUAUUGUGACUGGAGGGAAACGACACAGCUUGGGGAAGAAUUUCUUUGAGCCAACGUUACUUACUAAUGUUACAACAAAAAUGCUUUGCACUCAAGAGGAGACAUUUGGCCCUUUGGCACCAGUUAUCAGAUUUGACACUGAAGCAGAAGCUGUUGCUAUAGCAAAUGCAGCUAAUGUGGGUUUAGCAGGGUAUUUCUACUCCCAAGAUCCAGCUCAGAUCUGGAGGGUUGCAGAACAGAUGGAAGUUGGAAUGGUUGGUGUUAAUGAAGGCAUAAUCUCAUCUGUGGAGUGUCCUUUUGGUGGGGUAAAGGAGUCUGGCUUAGGGCGAGAAGGCUCAAAGUACGGCAUUGAUGAAUACUUAGAAAUAAAAUAUGUCUGCUUGGGAGGAUUAUAAAAGCCUUCAAACAGCACAGUCCCCGCAACUUCAGAAAGGGUGCUGUUGUUCUAAUAAGCUUCUUGAGCCAGAAAUAUGUAUGAAUGCAACUUCUACCUUCUUUAGAACUAAUCAACCCUGUCCUGUGUGUGUAUAGAGGUAUCUACAGUAAUCUGUGCUGCCAAAUGUUUUUACAUGGUCUUUGUUUAUACAUCCAAUUUUUCAGCAAUGUGAUCACAAUGUCCAUUAUUUUUAGUAAUGAGUAGGGAUAUACAUUUAUUUUUCUUAGAUUAUCCCUGUGUAACUGGGAGAACUUUGAGACUUGUGCUUAAUUAAAACAGAUUGUAACCUAUAGCAAGGGAAACUAGACCACCAUUUUUUACUACCAUUAGUAUUUCAGUGUGGAUAAGGGAGGCUUUGGGAUAGCACUCUCCCUUUAGAAUUUAGUGUAAAUACUCACAGUUUCUAAUGUGGUUAUGUGACCUCCUUUAGAAGCAAGUGUAUGAGGGGGGUGGUUUGUUUUUUAUUUUUCAUUGUGG